AUGAAGGACUUAACUUCUCAGUUAACGGACUUGAAUGUCCUGUAUGACAAUAAUAGACACUCUGAAGUAGCCAAAACGUGUAAAACGCUGAUUGACAGAGGUGUUGUUGACAAGAAGCCUAUACUGAGACAAUGGCUAGUUGCAUUGAUCAAGACAGACCAAUACAAAAAAUCCUGGGAGCUUUUGAAUCAAUAUGAUGCCGACAUAAGUGACGAAUUCUACUUGGAAAGGUUGUACGUUCUCUACAAACUUGGUUACACAAAGGAGUUUGACAAACUAUACCAAAAAUUGAAAACUAUUGUACGCGAUGAAAGCUCACAGAACAGGGGACUGUUGCACGUACGUGCGCAAUUCUGCUUCAAAAAUGGCAGAUAUGACGAGGCUGCUGAAAUAUACGAAGUCCUUUCGCAGCAUAAUGAACAGCAACUGGAUAAUGAAACCGAGAUUGCUUGCAACGAACGUGCAGCCGCAGCUUUUUUCUGUUCAGGAAACGACAGAAAGCUUGCCACAAAGCUUAAUGAGGACUCUUACGAUUUACUGUUCAACGAAUCGCUGAUUGCUCUAGCCGAGAAUCAGCCGAUAAUAGCUUUCGAGUACCUAGAGAAAGCAUCAGCUUUAGCAGCACAAGAUGGCCCCAAUGAUGAUCAAUUUGCUAUUGAGCUACAAAAAUCGUACGUCUUGCAAAUCCUCGGUGAAGAAAAAAGAUCGAAGAAGAUACUGACGAUGUUACUGGAGAAAAACAAGGCGGGGUCUCCAAAUUAUUUGUUGGCAUUCAGUAACUUGAAAUCUUUUGAAGAUAUUUCUAAGUACACCGCAAACAUCCCGCUUCUGCUACGCGAACUCAAUGUUUCUAAAAUGAGUGGCAUGGUAGACACUCUGGGCAAUGAGCAACAACAACGAGUUCUAAACAACAUAUUAUUUUUGAAUCUCUUCAGCAAUUCUAGUAUUCAAGCAAAGAAAUCCUUAGUGUCGAAAACGUUGGCGCAAUAUCAAAAAAACGUCGAGGACGUUGUCCUUGAGCCGUACCACACUCAAGCUAAAAAAAUGUAUCAUCACACUAUGUCAGCUAUUUCAUGUGGCACUGGAGGCAGUACUGUCGGAGUUGUGUUGUUGACUGUUCAAUUACAAGUCGUAGAAAAAGAAUGGGAGAGAGCCAUUAACUUGUGCGAGACUUUCCUGAACAAAUCGUCCCAAACGUUUCCUGUGGAAUCUCGUGUUGUUUGCUACUUACUGUUCCGCUUAUACCAGGAAACUGGCAGAACCAACUCAACAAACAUUUUACUGGCCAGACUUUUCGGUAUAAUGCAAGACGAAUAUGUCAAAGAAGAUCCCGAGUUCUGGAGAUUCGUUGCAUUUAAGCUGCUUUCCCAAGAGUCUUAUGAUAAAUCAGAGGCAAUUUUUGGCAAGCUACGGGCGUUGAGCCCGGAAUUGAGUCUAAUUAGGCCGGAAGCCAAUGAGGUGGAAGAGAUCAGGCCAGACUUGGAAUCUCUUGUUGAGAGCAUCGAUAUUGAAAGCAUUAAAAGUCAAGGCUUGACACCUUUUGAAGGGCAAAGUAGGCACCAGAACCAAGGAGGAUUGGGCAGAGUCGCCAAAAAAAGAAGAGUGCACAAAAAUAGGAGAAGACCAAAAGAUUUCGACACCUUAAAACAACCAAACCCGGAAAGGUGGCUGCCAUUGAAGGACCGUUCCGAUUUCAAGCCUAAUAAGAAAAUUGCCGCUAAGCAAACACAGGGUGGCUCCGCCAGUCGCAAGGGAGAUCAAAACCUUGAUAUUUCCAAAAAGUCCAAGACUAAGAAGAAUAGGAAAUAA